GCUGGACUAGAAGACCUCUUCCUUCCAUCUCUGUUAUUCUGUAUUCUUUGCCUAAAUCUUUAAGGCCUCUAUCCCCAGGCAAAGUCUCUCUGCAGUCUUAUCUGAACCAAAGGGUAGAAGUCUCCUCACAUCUCGUAUCCAGCUUGAGGGCAGCCCUGAUAAGGAAGUUGCACCAUCUCGUCAGGUGAACAAGCUACAGAUUCCAACAGAUCAUGGACACCCCCCAAACUAACUAAUACGGGACUUUCCCAGCACUGCUGCCACUCUGGAAAGGCGAGUUUGGCUUGAACACAGAAUUGACCCAUGGACAUCAACAGGGACCUGCCUGGCUUCCCCUAAAACUGUCCAGGCAAUGCAACUCUCAGAUUCCACCUCUUCUUCAACCACCUUGUGAAAGACGAAAGAAUUCGGAUUCUCACUGUAUUGCCUCAUCCUGCUUCCUGGAUCUGCAGGGGUGAAAUUCCCGUGGGGAGAAUAAAUAGCAGUCCAGCUGUGGGGCACACGGCAUCAUCAUGUCUUCUGGAAGUCUUCUGCUGCUGCUGGGACUCCUCAGCCUCUGGGCAGAGCUGACCCCCGUCUCCAGCCAGGACCGUCCAAGUGAUUGUGUUCCUGCUGAGCCUGGACCAUGUAGAGGUGCAAUCACUCGCUUCUACUACAACUCGGAUUCAAACAAAUGCCAAGAGUUUACUUACGGUGGAUGCCGCGGCAAUGCCAAUAAUUUUAAGACCAAAAAUAAAUGUCUUGGAGUGAGCACACUUUGUCUGAGCGAAAAACCCUUAUUGGGAAUAUUGAAAAGUUCGCAGGCUUUUGUGCUCUACACCCCGGGCCUGGAUGUGGGAGCAAUAGAGGACCUUGGUUCCCACCGGACAGCAAAUUUGAAUUUCACCGAACAUGCCUUGACUAUCUGGCGUACUGGAUUUUGGAUGAGGGCAUAG